GUCAACCAUGCCCGUCGCAAUUGUCACAGGUGCAAGUUCUGGUAUUGGACGUGCGGCGGCUCUUCUUCUCGCCCGGAACAACUACAAGCUCUCACUUACCGGACGGAAUGUGGCGGCUCUCAAUGAGCUCGCCGGGCAAAUUGUCAGUGCUGGAAGUGAUAAGAAUGAUGUACUGGUGACCGCUGUUGAGUUGGCUUCAGAAGAAGCUCCGAAGACUAUUGUGGAUGCGACUGUGCAAAAGUUUGGACGAAUUGACACAUUGAUCAAUUCGGCCGGGAUUCUGCGUGCCGGACCAGUUCUCGAUUCUGGAAUUGAAGUCUACGAUGAGCUAAUGAAUGUGAAUGUUCGUAGUUUGAUCCGCCUGACACGUGCAGCUCUUCCACAUAUUAUUACAACAAAAGGAACUGUUGUCAAUGUCAGCAGUAUUAAUGGACCGUGCCCUUUCCCAAAUGUAACCUAUUACUGUAUGUCCAAGUCGGCCGUAGAUCAAUUCACAAAAUGUUUGGCUCUCGAAAUGGCUCCGAAUGGAGUUCGUGUUAAUGCUGUUUGCCCAGGGGUCACCGUGACCAACCUGCAUCGUACAUCUGGUCAAGACGAGACAACAUAUUCUGCGUUCUUGGAACGUAGUAAAACGACACACGCACUCGGCCGUCCCGGUGAUGCCAAUGAAGUUGCUGAGGCAAUCUAUUUCCUCGCCUCUGAGAAAAGUUCAUUCACUACUGGAGAACUUCUUCGUGUUGACGGAGGCCGCGGAAUCAUGCAUCCGAGAUAAAUAUUAGCUUUUUUGUCUCAUAUUGAGAUUGUUUUGAACUUUUAUCAUGUAAUAAAUAGA